GACCAAAAAUUUCCACAAUACCUUAGAAAAUGACUUUUGAGUUUCUUCAAGAAGUUAGUGGUGAUUAUGAAAAAUUACUUAAAAUUGAGAAAGGACAUGAUGUAAUUAUAUAUGCUGGUGAAAAUAAAAAUAUGAAAGAAAUACGUGCGCAUUCACUCAUCUUAUGUGCUAGGUCUCAGUAUUUUUGUGCGGCAUUCUACAAUGAUUGGGUCGAGAAGAAGAACGGAAUUUUUAUCUUUAAAAAACCUAACAUUUCUCCUCAACUAUUCGAGAUUAUUUUAAGAUUUAUUUAUUGUGGAAAAGUUGAUAUAGCAAAUUUUAAAGGUCCAGAACUGUUAAAACUUUUAAUUGCAGUAGAUGAACUUAAUAUUCAAACAUUGGUUACUUGUGUUCAAAAACAUUUAAUCAAUGAUAAAAAGUUCUUACGAGAGAAUUUUAUGGAGAUUCUUCAAAUGGUUUAUUAUAAUGAAUUAUUCGUGGAAUUAUUCAAUUAUUGUCUUGAAGAAAUUGAUACGAUAUUUAAUUCUGAUAAAAUUUUUAAUUUAGAAGCACCUUUAUUGGAAUUUCUUUUAAAACAAGAUAAUUUAAAUUUAGAUGAGAUUGAAAUUUGGGAUGGUUUAAUCAAAUGGGGAUUAGCACAAGAAGAACUUAAUCGAAACACCUCUAAAUGGAACAAGAAUGAUAUAAUUAUUUUUAAAAGGAUUCUUUUUAAAUUUAUUCCCUUAAUUAGAUUUUAUGGAAUACCUUCUGAAGAUUAUAUUAACAAAGUUAAACCCUAUGAAGAGGUUUUAUCUGAAGAAUUGCGAGAAGAAAUAUUAAAAUUUCACUUGAAUCCCGAAUAUAAACCAACAGUCAACAUUUUACCAAGACGUUUUAUUGAUUCUACUUUAAUUAAUCAAAAACAUAUCAAACUUUUUACAAAUUGGAUUGACAUGAGAGAUAAUAACACAAAUUACAAUGGAAUUCCUUAUAAAUUUAAUCUUUUAUAUAGAGCUAGCAGAGAUGGCAAUACAGCUGCAGCAUUUCAUGCUAAAUGUGAUAACAAAGGACCUACUAUAGUUGUAGUAAAAAUUAAAAAUUCGGAACAGAUAGUUGGAGGAUAUAAUCCACUUUUUUGGGAUUUGAGUGGUGAUUUUAAGAUUACAGAUAAUGGUUUUAUUUUCUCAUUCUCUGAUAAAAAUAAUCUUCAAACUGCGACAGUCGCUUAUAAUAUUGUUAGGUCACGUUCUAUAUAUUGCGACAAAACAUGUGGUCCAGUAUUUGGUUGUAAUGAUUUAUAUAUAAAUUAUAGUAUUAAUCCUGUUGAUGUUUGGUGUAGUACCUGUACAAGUUGCUAUCCUACAUGCAAUUUCCCAAGAAAAAUGUAUGUAGAUGAUUAUGAAGUAUUUCAAGUUAUUAUAAAAUAACCAGUUAUUGUGUGUAUCUAUUUAACAAGUUACAUAUAAAAUUUUUCAAGAGUUCAAAAUUAUUAAAUAUGUGUUUAAAUAAAAAUUAAGAUAACAAUUUAAACUAUUUAU